AUGAGAUGGCUGGAUAUGAGGCGAGGAGCCGGGACAGGAUGGGUGGCCAUCCCAGGGCCUGGGAGAGUGGGGGCUUGGAUCUGGCCGCCAGGCCAUCCUGGGCGCUGCAGGAAGCAACAUGACUUAGGUGGCUGCCCUGCGGUCCCAGGCAUCUCCAGGGCUGCUUCUGCAGCUGGCCUGGCCCUCUCCCCAGGUACACCAGCCGUGAUGCAGCAGCCACGCAUGGAGACAGACACCACUGGGGCCGGCGAGGGGCCUCAGCAGGAGGUGCCCUGGUCGGCCUGGGUCACGCGGCAGGGCUUGGCACGCUGGUGGGCGUCCCACGUGCCCCGGAGCUGGUCCCAGUGGUGGAGCACAUCGAGCUGGCGGCAACCACUGCAGCGUGUGCUGUGGGGUCUGGAGGGGAUACUCUACCUGCUGCUGGCACUGAUGCUGUGCCAUGCACUCUUCACCACCGGCUCCCACCUGCUGACCUCCUUGUGGCCCGUCGUGGCCGCGGUGUGGCGCCACCUGCUGCCAGCUGUCCUGCUGCUGGUGCUGAGCGCCCUGCCUGCCUUGCUCUUGGCAGCCUCCUUCCUGCUGCUUUUCUCCACGCUGCUGAGCCUCGUGGGCCUCCUCACCUCCAUGACCCACCCAGGCUAUGCUCAGGACUUGGACCAAUAG